AUGGCGGAACAAGUCCAGUUUUCCGGGGGAUUAACGGGGUCGUGCAUCGCGCUGCAGUAUCAACAGCAGCCAGGAUUGUUUUAUAAUGUAACAUCACGUAAAAACAAUGACAUGGCAUUCAAAAGCAAAACGGUCGACUCGAAGACCGUGCUCUUCAAUCUGCUGCUGUGUCUGCUCAUAUUUUACUCUCUUUUCUACAUGAUUGGGAGUGUGUGCUUCGGUGCCUUCAGGUUAAAUCACUUUGACGGACUGAUUCCAUUUGACUUUAAGACCGAACCUGCCGAAUCCAACUCCAAAUACUUGGUGAACCUCCUGUCCUUGGAGCUCACCUACUUCUGCAGCGGCCUUUUGUUUGCUGCAGUGGUGAGGAGGCGGGUGUGGGACUACGCCCUCACCAUCACACUUCUGCAUGUAGUGAUUACCAGUCUAGUGAUGUUGGAGUUUCCCAUGGUGUGGCAGUGGUGGCUGGCUUUAGGUAGCGGCUUGUUUUUGAUGAUCUGCAAUGGUCAGCUGAUAGCUUACUUCACCUGCCAGAGUGAGCAGAGCUACGCCUCCUUCAGCAUCUACUGAUAGUUUUGGGAAGUGAGAAAUGAUUGGACCGGAUUCUUGCUUCCUGGAGACGCACAUUAGAUCCUCAACGACGAUGGACUUUUUCUAUUCAUUAAAAAAAAGAUGUCACCAUAACACAUUAACCCAUUAAAACCUAGGCAAAUCUGCUAGACUUCUCUCAAAAACAUGGGAAAAAGGCAAUGUGCAGUAAAGAAGAAAUGACCCAACAACAACAAAAAACUGUAAAAAGUACAAGAGAAUUAGCUGAAAGUUAGGGCAGGAUGGGAUAAAAGGAAAAAGUUUCAAAAAAGUAAGAAAAAAAACAAACAAACAAGGAAA